CGUGCUCUGAGUUCUCAUCGUCGGGGAACCAUGCCCUCACCUUCAUCGCUCGGAGUCAUGCACCACCAAAAUGCAUCAGCCUACACUCUUGCUACCGUCCAUUCAGAUGAUUCUGAAAUUGUGGAAUUUGCAAACGAUAGAGCUCCCCUCCUUGCACCAGAUUCUGAAGCUGGCUCAAUUUAUGGAGCAACUCCUACACAUUCGCAGGCACCCCACACAUCCUCCCCAAGAUUAUUACUCAAGGCAGCCAUUAGGAUGGCAGCUGUGUUUAUACUCAGUACGAUCCUCCUGGGUGGAACUCUGUGGCUGACUCUUCCCACCCUUGACGAAGCCGACCGGCCGUCACUCCGUAUACCGAAAUCAUUUGCUGAACUACAGGCUCUCAAUGUCAUAUUGAAAAAAUACCGUGACAUUUACCCGUUCCGCAUCGUAAUAUGUUAUACCAUAACAUAUUUAUUCCUACAAGCAUUUUCUCUCCCGGGGUCGAUGUAUCUAUCUAUACUUGGUGGGGCGGUAUGGGGUGUGCCGCGUGCGCUUCCACUUGCUUGUACAUGUGUUGCUACUGGUGCAACUUUGUGCUACUUCAUCAGCGCUGCAUUUGGCCCUGCGCUUCUCACCGUACCAAAGUGGAAAGCCCGCCUAGACAAGUGGUCGGACAAGAUACGCGCACAGAAAGACAACACCGUAUCCUUUUUAAUUGUCCUUCGCAUUGCUCCCCUGCCUCCGCAUUGGGUCGUCAACGUAAUCUGUCCCCACGUCGGCAUUGGCAUCGUGCCCUUCUGGAUCAGUACAUGGCUGGGUAUCUUUGGCGUAACUGUCAUACACACGACGAUUGGAGGCGGUCUAGAUGAGAUGACAUCUGCUGCGGAUUUCCAUCUCAUUUCGUGGCGCAACUUCUUCCUACUGUCCGCGGUGGUAGUGGGCGUCCUCAUACCGGUGGGUUUACGCUACUAUUUCAAGCGCGAGAUUGCUUCCGUGGCCGACGUGGAGCAAGGAGGGUUGGAAGAAGAGUUUUCUGAAGAGAGCGAGGAUCACAUCCUAGCGGCUGGUCCAAGAACUCGAGUUAAGAAAACAAGAGCAGCACCAUUGGUUGAGCUUUCCGACGAAGAGACUGACGUGUACUCCGAAGACGAAGACGAUGUUAUUCUAGAAGCAGGCCCAGCCAUCGUUAUCAAAGCAUCCGAUGAGCCCGCACAACAAGGUCGUAGCAGUAGACAUACUGACCUCCUAUAACAUGAUGACGCGCAGUUUCGCUGUGUGCUUGUAUUCCUACCGUUUUCUCCCCAUGUCAUCUACUGAUCACAUUGGUAGUUCUAUAUUUAGACUGUAUCUGGAUCGUAUAAGUAAUAUGUAUACAUGUGCCAUUAUCUGCUUACCAGCCAGAUUACUGCGUCUA